AUGGCGCAGAUGGUUCCGCUUGAUAACUCCCUCAUAGAUCUCGCCUCCCUCAGAGCACAUGCCAGUCAACGCCUCGUUGACGCCCUUGACUCUGUGCCAGGCGGCAAGGCUCUAGUGCUGGACGCGUCAAUCAGCGGCCCGCUCGCCUUCAUUGCUCCCAUUGCCCUCCUCAAGGAACACGGAGUCGAAAACCUCUUCCACAUCAGCGCCGAGCCCAUCCAAUCACAGUGCUCCACGAUCCUCUACCUGCUGCGCCCCAAUCCGCUUCUCAUUCGCUGGAUCACACGCCAGGUGCGGGCAGACGAGGACGAGGGCGUCACCCGCAGCUACUCACUUCACUUUAUUCCCAGAUGCGAUGCGAUCUGCAACAGGAUUCUGGAGCAGGAGGGACUAGUGGGCGACCCGCGGGUGGCAGUGGGCGAGUAUCCCCUCGAGAUGAUCCCCGUGGACCAUGACCUCCUCGCACUCGACCUCCAUACCAUCUAUAAGGAUGUACACGUGGACUCAGACCCCACCUCCACGUUGCAAGUGGCCCGAGUGCUGGCAAAUUUCCAGUCCGUGUUUGGAGUGCCCCCGGUGUUGAAGGGCAAGGGAGUGGCAGCACAGCGAGUGGCACAGGCCAUGAGUCAACUCAUGAAAGAACAGAAGUCCCACGUGGCACCGGUGGAGCAUCCAAGCGUGGACAUGAUGGUGCUGAUAGACAGACAGGUGGACAUGGUGACGCCAGCAUGCACUCAACUCACAUACGAAGGGCUUCUCGAUGAGCUCCUGCACGUAGCCAACGGAGCAGUGGAGGUGGAUCCGGCAGUGAUGGGGGUGACGUCUAACGCCAGGAAGAUUAAAGUGCCUCUCAACUCCAAUGACAAGCUGUUUCAGGACCUUAGAGGCCGCAACUUUGGAUCAGCAGCAGAGCUGCUGCGAGCCAAGGCAGUGGAGAUGAAGUCAGAGUAUGCCAACCUCAGGCAGCGGCCGCAGAGAGAUGCAUCGCCUCUGCGCUCCGCUGCUGCACCGGGUGACCAGGGAGCUGCCUCCGCUGCUGGCUCUGGUGGUGGAGAGCAGACGGUAUCAGAGCUCAAGGACUUUGUCAAGAAACUCAACGUGCUGCCAGAGCUUACGCGCCACACCAACCUAGCAGGGCACAUAUCACAGGUCACCAACCGGCCGGCCUUUGGCGCUCUCAUCUCCACAGAGCAAACCAUCCUGGAAGCACGGUCUAUAGACUCGGCGUGUGAGUACAUAGAGGACGCCAUGUCACAGGGGCAUCCCAUGAGCACAGUGUUACGCCUCCUCUCCCUUGUCUCCCUCACCAAUGGCGGCAUUCCCAAGGCACGCUUCGACCACCUCAGGCGGGAGUUCCUUCAAGCAUACGGUUUCCUUCACGUAUUUUCUCUUGACAAUUUUGAGCGCGCGGGCUUGAUCAAACGCCAGGAGGGUCGCAGCACGUGGGCGGCAGUGAAGCGAAGCCUGAGGCUCAUAGUCGAUGACGAUGAUGAUGCCAAUCCCAGGGACAUUGCGUUCACGUUCUCCGGCUAUGCCCCUCUAAGUGUGCGGCUCCUGCAACAGGCCAUCCAACCAGGAGGCUGGAGAGUGAUGGACGAAGUGACAAAGACUGCCACAGGACCAACUUUUGAGUGGGAGCAGUCCCCUGACGGCACCACCCAUCGGGACGUCACCAACCGGACCCCUUCCGCCAUGCGCAGAGGGCCAUCUGAGUCGGUGCCUCGCCUCGUGGCUGCUGUGUUCCUGGGGGGCGUCACCUUCGCUGAGAUCGCUGCUCUGCGGUUUCUCUCCAUGCAGGAUUCGGCAAUCACGUCCUUCCUCAUCAUCACAACCAACAUCGUCUCUGGCAAUUCCCUCUUACAGCCGUUGAUUGAGACCGUCUGA